AUGGCCCGAUGGCAGAUUCUGCUUUUUGAAUUCGACAUUAUCUACGUGAACCAAAAAGCGGUAAAAAGAAGUGCAAUAGUAGAUUUUCUAGCCAGUAGAGUUUUGGAAGACUACGAGCCUUUGAACUUCGACUUUCCGAAUGAAGACCCAAUGUGUGUUGCUACCAUUGAAGAAGGUGCUCUUAAAGAACUUCCAUGGAAAUUGAAUUUCGAUGGGGCGUCAAAUGCUGUGGGCAAUAGAAUUAGGGCCGUCUUAGUAUCUCCAAACGGAGAUCAUUAUCCAUUCACUAGUAAGUUUGAUUUUGACUGUACGAAUAACAUAGCGGAAUACGAGGCAUGCAUCAUGGGAGUCCGUGUAGCCAUAGAACGCAAGAUUAGAGUGCUAAAGGUGUAUGGGGAUUCCGCGCUAGUGAUUUAUCAACUCAAGGGAGAAUGGGAGAUGGCUGAUGCUUUGGCUACCUUAGCCUCCAUGAUCAAGGUAAAUAAACAAGAAGAUGUCAAACCCAUCCAGAUGAGCAUUUAUGAAGUUCCAGCCCACUGUUACAAUAUUGAAGAAGAUGAAGAUAAAGAUGAUCACCAUUGGAAACCAAUUCUACAAAUCAUGUCUUUGGAAGACAGUGUAGUGACAUUGGCGAAUCCCACAGAUCCUGUUUCCCUGAAGUUGCAGUGGAGCAGAUCAAAGACGACGAAUCUUGACUUCCUGAAGUUGCAAUGA